AUGUGUACACAGGUGGUGAACCACGGGGUGGAGCGCGAGGUGAUCUCCGGGUUGCUGAACGUGGCGCGGCGGUUCUUCGAGCUCCCGCUGGCGGCGCGGGCGCGGUACAUGUCGCCGGACGUGAGGGCGCCGGUGAGGUACGGCACCAGCUUCAACCAGGCCAAGGACGCCGUGCUCUUCUGGCGGGACUUCCUCAAGCUCGGCUGCUGCCAGCCGCUCCAUGCCGCCGUCGCCUCGUGGCCCGACGAGCCGGCUGACCUCAGGUACACCUACUCCUUCCAAUUCUAG